CCCUCGCACUGAUUGGCUGCGAGGACUAAGCCCCUCCCCGGUACGGACACGUAUUGUUUCGCCUUUAAUAAAAGAUGGCGACCGGACCCGCGUAAAUUGGAGGUUUCAUUGAGGUAGUCUUUACUGAGCCUAAUGGUGUCAGUGACAUCCUGUGACAAGUAAACGUGUUGACAAAGGAGGGACCAUGGCAUUUGAGGAGAUCAAGGGUAAAGAAGAUGUGGGGAUGGAGGGAGACAGGAGCCUUGUAGCUGGUCGUAGCCAGAGAGAGAAGAGGAGGUCGUACAAAGAUCUGUUGAGAGAGGAAGAGGAGAUCGCUGCUCAGGUCCGAAAGUCUUCCAAGAAACGACCAAAGGAUUCAGAGCUUUUCAUGCUGGGAGGGGAUUCUCAUAAAAAGAAGAAGAAGCAUGGUGAUGACCACUAUUACAGAGACCAUGAUGGUUCAGGACCACCUCCACACAAGAAAAAGCACAAGUCUGCAGACCGCUCCCCAACUAUGUCUUCCCCUUCAUCCUCGCACCCGACAGAUACGGCGAUGGGCCUCCUGCAGGCCAUCACCUCUCCCCUGGCGACAGGUUCUGAACCCAGCCCUCAUAUGCACAAGAAACCCUCCUACCCUUCCUUCUCCUCACAUUCUUCUAAAGACCGCAAACGUGAGAACAGCAGCGGCAGUGGAAGCAAAGGCAACCACUCCUUCUCUCACUCCCGCCCCGCGUCUUCGUCAUCAUCUUCCUCCAAGAAGCACUCGUCCUCCUCGUCAAAGUCGUCCCUCUUCCACGGAGGAGCUCCCAAAGAGGAGCCGUUGACAUUGCGUGAGGCAGACGGGCUGAAGAUGAAGCUCAUCAUGUCGCCAGAGAAAGAGGAAGGAGAAUUCCCAUUCACGCCUCACUCAUCCAAAGGAGGUGUGAAGAAAGAGAAAGACAGAGACAGAGUGCAGCUGUCAAAGUUGCCAAAGAAGAAGCUGCAGCAAAGUCAGGAUCCACUGCCUGUGGUGGGGAAAGAAGUGGAAGUGGAAGGUCAUUAUGGAGGUGGCCUGGGAGAUGAUAGUGCGUCGUCUGGUGGCGAGUUGGAGGCAGGAGAGCUAGUUAUUGAUGAUUCCUACACACACCUGUCAAAAAAGAAGAAGAAGAGCAAGAAAAGCAAGAAGAAAAAAGACAAGGAGAAAGACCGAGAUAAGGAUAAAAGUGGUAAAGACAAGAAGCACAGCAAAGGAUCUGGAGAUUCAUCAAAGAGCCACAGCCACUCCCAUCCUACUGUCACUCACAGUGCUGUUGGUCCCAUGUAUGCCAUGGGCACACCCAUCCCUCCACAGCACCACCAAGCUAGUGAGGGUACAACAGAGAAAAAGAAGAAAAAAGAAGAUAAAGAUAAGGAAAAGCAUGAAAAGGAUAAAGAUAAGCCCAAGAAGAAAGUCACAACAGCAUAUCAGGUCUUUUGUAAGGAGUACAGGGUCAACAUAAAUGCAGAACAGCCUGGACUAGUCUUUGGUGAGCUAAGCAAAAAAUUGGCAGAGGUGUGGAAGGCGAUGCCCGAGAAGGACAAACUCGUUUGGAGGCAGAAAGCUCAGUAUCUGCAGCACAAACAGAACAAAGCUGAGGCCACGACUAUCAAACACAAGACUUCCAGUGAUAGCAAAAGCAAAGUUGUAGGAGCAGGAACGGCAAUGGUGUCGCCAAACAAAGCCGCUGGCGCGAUCUCCCUGUCGCCCGCACGGAUCCCAGACGUUGAUCCCAUCGAUGCAGCCGCUCACCUGCAGCUACUUGGAGAGUCUUUGUCCCUGAUUGGACAUCGACUACAGGAAACAGAGGGGAUGGUUGCUGUGUCUGGGAGCCUGUCUGUACUUCUGGACUCCAUCUUGUGUGCACUGGGGCCCCUGACGUGUCUCACAGCACAGAUACCGCAGUUAAAUGGAUGUCCUCGAACCGUCCUGUCAAAUACGUUGGAUAACAUCGCCUACAUCAUGCCUGGACUGUGAGUGAAAGGAAGCUGAUCAGUGUGGGGGGGAUUUGUGAGCAGACGUGACUGGAAUGGCUCCCCUGGACUUUAUAUUUUAAGCCACUGCCUGGCUCCGGAAAACUUUCUAGUGUCAACCUGUUUUUAAAGUGUAUUUUUAAAAAGAAAAACAACCUCAUUCUCUUAAUUUUCUAAUUGUCAUAUUUUUUUAAAGGAAACCUUUUACCGGACAUGCUAAUCUUUGUCGGCAUGUCGACUUAGUUUUACUGUUACUGUACAGUGGAUUGUUGUAUGGAUGGUCGUAUGAUUUGUUCAGCUGUUAAAUGACUGUUGUCCUGUACGUCUGCAUAUUGGAUUUUAUACUGAAAAAUACAGACACACAUUUAAGUUGAUCCAUUGUGCUCAUUAUGAACAUAAUAUAUUUAACACCUGAUAUUGUUUUUCGUGUAUUAUGUAAAAAGAUAAGUGCUGUCAUGUAUCGAUUGUUUUUAUAGAUUUGAUAUUUUACCAUGCACACAGCAUUUGAGAGUCCGUCUGUACUGUAGAAUUUCAAAAGUGCUAGAAAAACACCUAUAGGUGCUACCUUGUCAUCGAGAGCUGUCCAAACGGUUCACUGUUACAGUGGCGACAUUAAAAUACGAUCUGUUCA